AUGGAAAGGUCUCAACUAGAUGCACAAACUGUUGAUGUUGAUGCUCCCCAAACCAUUGAUGUUGAUCUUGAUGUAGAUGAAGGAGAUGAUGAAGUAGUUGCAGAUAAUAAGGGUGGUGGCCAUAGAGUAUCUUGGGUAUGGCAACAUUUUGAUAGAGAUGUCGUAAAGAAGGGUGCUAAGAAAGUGAAAUGCCCAUAUUGUUCAACAAUGAUGUGUGAAAAUUCAAAGAAAAAUGGUACGAAUGCAUUGGGAAAUCAUUUAAGACUCUAUUGUCCAACAUCUCCUAUUUAUGACCCUAAAGGCAAAGUUGGUGAUACGAAAAAACAAUCUGUGUUGAGUUUCAAAAAAGUGGGAGACUCGGGGGCUACUUCUUUGGAAGUUCAUUCCUUCAGCCAAGAGAAAUGUAGGAAUUCCUUAGCUCGCAUAUGCUUCUUGCGAUUGAUAGUGGUUUUAAAACUUUUUGUGGAAGUGAGGUUGAUGAUGGUGAAGUGA